AUGGACCACGCCGGCGAGCUUCUGGUCCUCGCGCAUGACCUGUAUGCGCGCCAGGCCGCGAACUCUACGCAAACCGGCGCCUCGAGUAGCAACAAUGGAAGACCUCCGAUAUACAAAGUGGUUGGGCUGAUACUGGCAAUCGCGUCCGGUCUAUUCAUUGGAGUGUCCUUCGUCAUGAAGAAGGUGGGACUCCUCAAGGCCAAUGUCAGAUACAACGAGGAGGCGGGUGAAGGCUAUGGGUAUUUGAAGAACGUUUGGUGGUGGGGUGGCAUGAUCCUCAUGACCAUCGGGGAAAUCUGCAACUUCGGGGCAUACGCCUUCGUGGACGCGAUCCUCGUUACACCACUUGGAGCCCUGUCAGUCGUUGUCACCACGAUCCUCUCCUCCAUCUUCCUAAAGGAACGUCUGAGCUUUAUCGGUAAGGUGGGAUGUUUCAACUGUAUCAUUGGAUCCGUCGUCAUCGUCAUCAACGCUCCUGAGCAGUCGGCGGUGGCUAGAAUUCAGGACAUGAAGAAAUUAGUACUCUCUCCAGGCUUUCUCAGCUUUGCGGGCAUUGUCAUCGCUAUCUCUAUCUUUCUUGCACUCUGGGCCGGCCCUAGGUACGGGAAGAGAAGCAUGUUAGUCUACCUUAGCAUCUGCAGCCUCAUUGGAGGCUUGAGCGUUGUGGCAACGCAAGGUUUAGGCGCGGCGAUUGUCACGCAGGCAGGUGGUGAGGCGCAAUUUAACCAGUGGUUUCUGUACGUGCUUCUAGCAUUUGUCAUUAUCACACUAUUGACGGAGAUUGUUUAUCUGAAUAAAGCGCUCAACAUCUUCAAUGCAGCGCUUGUUACUCCGACAUACUACGUCUUCUUCACAAGCUCCACGAUCGUGACCUCAGCAAUCCUUUUCCGAGGCUUCAAAGGAACGCCUGCUACUAUCUCCACGGUCAUCAUGGGCUUCCUGCAGAUCUGCGCUGGUGUUGUCUUGCUGCAACUCUCAAAGUCCGCAAAGGACGUGCCUGAUGCCGCAGUCUUCAGCGGAGAUCUCGAUCAAGUUCGAACCGUCGCCGAGCAGAAGGAACCGGAGUACGAGCCCAAGGCAGACGCCAUCCGCGCCGGAGGCGCCAUUUUGCGCUCGAUGUCGACCGUGAGGAUGAGGAAAGAAGUCGAGGAGGCUAAGCGGCUCCACGAAGAACGCAUGGCUCCUAUCGGGGAGAACGAACAGGUAGAAUUCGACGGCCUUCGUCGGCGAAAGACCAUAAUUGCGCCUGGCCAAACCCCACUCCAGCGCCGAAAAACCAUUCACCCACCGCUCGGCAUGUCCGAAUUCCCAGACGACGAAUUGACGACUUCCGAUGACAACCACCCCGGCUUCUUCACCUUCCUUAGCAGCCGCCGUCGUCGUUCGACGCACCAACAGCCGCAAUCGCCACGCGCAUCCAUGCCCCUGAACCAAAUUUCACCCUCUGAAGGCUCCGGCCCCGCCCCGACAUCGGAUCCGCCAUCCCACUUCUACGGCCUCCCGCAGGGCCUCAAACGGCCCGACGCUCCAGAACACGUAACGUUUCAGUUCCCCUCCGCCGGCAAGGGUCAGUGA